CGCCGCCAUGGUGCGGAAGCUCAAGUUCCACGAGCAGAAGCUGCUGAAGCGCGUGGACUUCCUCAACUGGGAGGCGACCGACCACAACCUGCACGAGCUGCGCGUGCUGCGGCGCUACCGGCUGCAGCGGCGCGAGGACUACACGCGCUACAACCAGCUGAGCCGCGCCGUGCGCGACCUGGCGCGGCGCCUGCGCGACCUGCCCGAGCGCGACCCGUUCCGCGCGCGCGCCACGGCCGCGCUGCUCGCCAAGCUCUACGCGCUCGGCCUGGUGCCCACGCGCGGCUCGCUCGAGCUCUGCGAUCGCGUCACCGCCUCCGCCUUCUGCCGCCGCCGCCUGCCCUGCGUGCUGCUGCGCCUGCGCAUGGCGCAGCACCUGGCGGCCGCCGUGGCCUUCGUGGAGCAGGGCCACGUGCGCGUGGGCCCCGACGUGGUCACCGACCCCGCCUUCCUCGUCUCGCGCGCCAUGGAGGACUUCGUCACCUGGGUGGACGCCUCCAAGAUCCGCCGCCACGUGCUCGACUACAACGAGGCGCGCGACGACUUCGACCUGGACGCCUAG